AUGUGCGGGACGGAUGGACGGGUUGUCGAAGGCGGGACGGUCAGGAGCGGGAGAGGAAGGACAGAAAAGAAAGAAGACGUCGAACAGAGACGACAGGGAGAGGGAGGAGGAAAGGUGGGGCGGGGGAGCGCACGUCGGCCGCUAGGAAACAAGCACCGCGCGUUCACCCGCGAGGCGUCCUGCAGAGCAGUCGGCUCGUUCGUCCCAGGAAGCGAAGAGGGGAAGUGCAGGAGGCAGACGGAGCAAAUGAUAAAGAAUGUUAGGUCCGAAACUUGUACGCGCUGCAUAUAUCACCGCAUCACGCGAGCGAGCACUGAAUGUCACUGCCGUACAGGAGGGGAGAGCUGGGGCUCGGGAGCGGGGAGGCAAAGCCAAGCCGUGUGUGAAAGCAAGAGUGGGAGUGCAACGGUGAGACACAACAGGAGACUUGAAGGUUCCACUCUCGGAGUCGCAGAUGGCACGGUGCUGAGGCUCGCGGUUGACGGCCACGCAAGUACGCACCCGAACUCGCCGCCAGUGAUUCCUCUGACAAGAGCCGCGGCGAGCCAGCGGAUGCGGGGGAGACUCGCGAGUACGAGGAUAACACAUCCGAUCAUCUUCCAGCCACUCUCACGCACCUCUGCGGAAACGUCUUACGAGGACGGUUCAAGGCUGAGGGAUGGACCGGACGUGCAAUGGCGCCAGAGCAUGUGCGCAUUCUUCGUGGCGGGGAAGUCGACGGCAGAGUCACAGAUACCACGAGAGCUAGGAGAGGCAGAUGACCUGCGAGGAAGCGGCCGGGGGAAUUGUAUGCGAGCUGUCCGCCACAGCACCUCUCAGGCAAGAAACACAGAAGAGACAGAGCAAGUGGUGGCAAUCACCAGAGUACAAGGAAUGGGUCAGAACAUAACCCUGCUUUCGCCGAUCCCUCUCAGGAAUCUCCACGGAGAGCUCCGUGAAGGAUUCGAGGGUGGUAUUGGGGUGAGGCACGACAAUAGCGUGGAACGGGCUACGAUGCGGAAACUGCCUGUUCCGGGCGGCACUUGA